CCUACAGCCACCGCCACCAUGGACACCAUGAGCUCCGUCGAGUACAACCUGCGCACCCUGCCCACCACUUCCAUCACCCUCUUCCCAGCCCGUGCCCAGAUCUCGCGCGAGGUCGGAGACGUCCCGCUGCAGCCUGGCACCAACGAGGUCACCAUCAUCGGCCUCUCGCCCACCACGGACGAGCACUCCAUCAAGGUCGAAGGCAGCGGGGAGGCGACCAUUUCCAACAUCACCGUCGAGAGGCUGGCCAACAAAGAGCAGUUUGACGACGUCUACCCCGACGAGGAUGAAGAUGUCUUGUCAGACCAGGAUGACCUCGACACGGACGACGACGAUGACGGCGAGGAUCUCAAGGAGGACGAAGAGCUGCGCGCUGCCAAGGCAGAGAGGCAGCAGAUUAUGGACAGCAAGGAGCUCACCUCUCAUCGCAUCUCCUGCUUGCAGCACAACAACGGCGCACUGGACGGCUACAUAAACAAUGUCCGUGCCGAGCACAACACAGACGUCGGAGAGGCAUCUGAGGCGUACCAGCGUCUCCGCCAGAACAACUACCGGGACCUCCUUGCCGCGCAAGCCGACCAGCGCCACCAAGAUGAGCUCCUGAAAGAGGUGGACGCCAAGAUACGCUGCCUGACCAAGCGUCACCGCAAGCAGACAGCCCAGGCACGCCGCCAGAAGCGCCUCGCCAAGCUCCACAAGGCCAAGGAGCAGCUCAAGGCUUCGCGUGCCGAGGAGCAGCGGAUGGAGGAGAAGCGACGCAUCCGCGUGGAGCGCAGCAAGUUCUGGCCCAAGUACGUCUACGCGGUGCGCAUCCAGCUCGAGGUCAGCGCCGCUCUGCCGUCACACGGGCAAACCUGCAGCCUGCUGCUCUCCUACGUCACGUCCGACGCCUACUGGGCGCCCAGCUACGACUUGCAGCUCAGCACGCAGUCCGCGACGGGCACGCUCUGCUUCGACGCGCUCCUCACCAACGCCACGAGCGAGACCUGGGACAAGUGCAAGAUCACCUUGUCCACCUCGCAGGCCACGUCUUCCAGUCUCGCCGACAAGGCACCCGAGCUCCGGGAGUGGGCCAUCAAGCGAGGCAGCAAUGGGGCGCCGCUCUUGUACUCGCGUGACGAGCACCAGAAGAGAAUCAAGGGACCCCCCAUGGCGAAGCAGGCCAGAGCAAACAGGGACACCAUGUUUGGCUUCGCGCCCAACGAUCCGCGAGUCCCCCAAGACUAUCAGAUGCAGCUCAUGCUCCUGGAGCAGCAGAACAAGAAGAGAAUGGAGAUGGCGAGGCAGGAGCAGAACCCUGUGACCCAAGUGCCCUUCCAGGCGCCGCAGCAGAUGCCGCAACGGAUUCAAGCGCAGAUCCAAGCGCAGGCCCAAGCGAUGGCCCAAGCGCAGCAGGCUCAGCCUCAGGCUCAGGACAUGACCCAGCAAACAUUUGGCUCCGAUCAGUAUGACAGGACUAUGCGGGCUCGUCGAGCUCCGCGGUCUCACCAGAGAGCGUUCCUCAACGUCGAGGCUGAGGUGGAUGAGGAGGAGGAGAGCUUUUCCGCAUCUGGUGGGGACGAGACGCCGCGGGAGGAUCCCAACCUCGCCUUCCAGAACUCGCUCAUUGAGCAGACGGGCUUUGCGACGGUGUACGAGCUGCAGGGCCCCAAGACGCUGGCGCCCAGCUCGACGAGCGCCAAGCAGCGCAUCAGCACCAUUGCCCUGUCGGCCAUCAAGUUCACGCACACGGUCGUGCCCAAGCUCAAGGCGGCGGCGUACCUGACGGCGACGAUUGCCAACACGAGCCGCAACAUCCUGCUGCAGGGUCCCGUGGGCGUCACGCUGGACGGCGGGUUCAUGGGCCGGACGACGCUGCCCCGGUGUCCCGGCGACGGCGCAGAGCUCCGGCUGGGUCUGGGCGUCGACCACGCGGUGCGCGUCGUGUAUGCCACGCCCGAGGUGCGCCGGAGCGGCGGCGUGUCGUACAAUGAGGAGAGGAAGAUCUACACGCGCAGCGUGUACGUGGAGAACACGCACUCGGCGGACUCGAUCCGCCUCAUCGUCAAGGACCAGGUACCCGUGUCCAAGGACGAGCGCGUCCGCGUCGAGGUGCUGCACCCGGACAAGCUGCGGGCCGAACACCACGAUGACGACGGACAGCAGAAGCAACAGCAAGAGGUCGCCGAGGUGGGCGAGGCGGGCCGGAAGGCGGACGAGGGUCAGUGGGGACGCGCCGAGGUCAAGAUGCUCAAAACGGGCGCGGUGGACUGGCUCGUGACGCUGAGGAAGGGGAGGAGCGUCAGGCUGGCGCUCUCGUGGCUUGUCGCGACGCCCCUGGGGGAGGAGGCCAUGCAGGUGGAUCACUAACUUAUAAUACGUUAGCCAUGGCAUAUCGGUGAUUGCUUGUGGCAUGUGAUGCUUGGGAUUAUAUCAGAUUAGUAUGGCUCUUCCGGGUAGGAUAUUGGCAAGUAGAUUGUAAUAGUAGGGAUAAUACAGGCCAGAAACAAAUGGUAU